AUGAGGCUGCUCGCUUGCGUCCUCCAGCCCGUCCUUGCUUUACUCUUUCCCCGCCGCGCUACUGCUGCUGCUGCUACUCCCUCCGGCUUCUGCGCGUGGUCUUGCAUCAUCCUUCAAGGCUCUAUUGUUCCUUCUCUGCAGCAGCCCAAGGUUCGCUAUUCGAUCAACGAACUGUUAAACGCGCUUAGCAACCACAUUCGUCGUGACGGUGGGGUCGCCUGUGUAGAGAUGCUGGCGCAGCACAGCUCGCGUGAAGCAAAGAGACUCUCAAUGAACCGCCCCAUGAGUCGCUACCCCUGCCACUUGAUGUCGGACGCAACCCGAACAACAUCCCGGAGACACCUCUUGAUUUCAGACACCAAUUCCGACUCUCCCAAAGUCUGCUUCAGAUUGGCAUAA